AUGGACCAAAACGGCAACGGCGAGAGGGUCAACACCCAGAUCGUCACCCUCACGCGCUUCCUCAACGAGGAGCAGACCAAGCACAAGGAGGCCACCGGUGACUUUACCCUCCUCUGCCACGCCCUGCAGUUCUCCUUCAAGUCCAUCGCCUACUACAUCCGCCGCGCCUCCCUCGUCAACCUGACGGGCCUCGCCGGCUCCUCCAACAGCACCGGCGACGACCAGAAGAAGCUCGACGUCAUCUCAAACGACCUCUUCAUCGCCGCCAUGCGCUCCUGCGGCAAGUGCGCCCUGCUCGUGUCCGAGGAGGAGGACGACGUCGUCUUCUUCAGCAACGCCUCGGGCGCCCGCUACGCCGUCGCCUGCGACCCCAUCGACGGCUCGUCCAACCUCGACGCCGGCGUCUCCGUCGGCACCAUCUUCGCCGUCCACAAGCUGCCCGAGGGCUCCGAGGGCACGCACGACGACAUCCUCAAGCCCGGCACCGAGCUCGUCGCCGCCGGCUUCACCAUGUACGGCGCCUCGGCCCAGCUCGUCCUCACCAUGAAGGACAGCUCCGUCAACGGCUUCACCCUCGACAACGGCAUCGGCGAGUUCAUCCUCACCCACCCGAACAUGCGUCUGCCCCGCUCGCGCGCCAUCUACUCGGUCAACGAGGGCAACUCGCUCUACUGGGAGCAGCCCACCGUCGACUACUUCAACUCGCUCAAGCUGGCCCAGCCCGACGGCAAGCCCUACAGCUCGCGCUACAUUGGCAGCAUGGUCGCCGACGCCUACCGCACCCUGCUCUACGGCGGCAUCUUUGCCUACCCGGCCGACAAGAAGAGCCCCAAGGGCAAGCUGCGCAUUCUCUACGAGUGCGCCCCCAUGGCCAUGGUGUUUGAGAAUGCCGGCGGUCAGGCAGUCGACAGCAAAAUGAGGAGGAUGCUCGAGGUUCAACCGGAACACAUCCACGACCGUUCCGGCAUCUUCAUGGGUAGCUACGACGAGGUGGAAAAGGUGAAGCAGUUCCAUAAAUAA